AUGGAAGAGGCGCUUAAAACGCUACUUGAGCUGCUCUGGAAGGAUUGGCUGGAGGCGCCACUUGUGGUCGAUGAAGACAGUACUGUUGAUACAGACAAAGACAGUGAUGUCAAGCCCGAUAAUAGAAGCUCCGAGCUAGAUGAGGCGCUCGUUGAAGACACACUCAUGGUCGGCAGCAAGGUAGUCUUUUCCGCUGAGUUGGCUGUAGCUGACGAUAUGAUACUGGAAAUGCUAGAAGAUGGGUCCGAGAGGCUGUUUGAGCUGCUGCUGGAAGGUGGGCUCGAACCCGAUAUGGAAGAUACACUACUAGUCGACUCAGGCGUGGUAGCUGGAGUCGACGAUGGCUGGGAAGUUGAGGUCGACGAGAGCAAGUCUGAGCUAGAAGAAGAGCUCGUCGGGGCAGCACUCGUGCUUGACAGAAAGGUAUUCGGCUCGACAGCAUCAGUCGUACUUGUAGAGGGGGCGCUGGCGCUAGUAAGAGAUGUACUUGAGGUCGGCUCGAAGGUCGAAGAGCUCGAGGAUAUCGAGCUCGACGACGUUGACGAAAGGUCGGUCGAUGUCGACAUAGAGGUCGAGAGUGCCGCAGUUGGAGUUGUCUCAACGUAUACCUGCCAGCUUGAGUACCGCUGGGACCGAUUGAAGCAAUGA